UAUAAAUAAAAAUAAAUGACCACAAAGAAGACUAAAAUCAUGCGAGUAACACGUUUCUACUCAAAAAGAUCGGGCAUGUAAAGACUGAUCGCAAAGUAAAACUUUCCUAAGUGACUACGCAUGAAAUGUUUAUUCAGAUUUGAAUUUGAGCAUAUACCGGGAGCAACCAACUAGGCGAACUUCCUUUUCUGUCAUUUGACACCUCGAGGAACUGGAAUCACAUUGGAGCUUGCCACGCUAAAUAGUUCAUAAAAUGUAUCUAUUAUUUUUCAAUUUGUUCAAUUCGUUUUUGUUAGUUCUCUGAUAAGAUUUACGAUUUGGUGUUAAUUUGUUGCUGUUCCGCAGGUCGGACGUACGCCGACCUCUAGUCGACCUCGACCACACGUCCAAGCAAAACAUAUAAUAUAGAAAGAGUGUUAUAUUUACACGAAGCUAGUGCUAUUUAUUUUUUCGAGUUCUCCACGUGUCGAUAAUAUGGUUUUAAAUAUCACUUAAAACUUUAAUUUGUUUGUGAACCCUUCAUGGACAACGUGACUUGCGGAACAGUUAUGAUAAAGUCAAGAAAAUGAAGAGGAUGAGUUCGUGCGAUGUGCUGCAAUGGCGUAACUUAGCCCAAUUUAUUUAGGGCUCUUUAAAUAAAUUUGAUUUGUAACAGACCUCUAGACAUCGGCAAAGCAGACAGAUCCUUUGUUGACGAAUUAGUAACCAAAUGGUCAGCUCGAUUUCAGCUACUUCUUAUAGUUAGAAAGUAGCCUCUAGGAAAAAAAUAAAAUUUUUAAGGAUGAUUUGUAAAUCUCCGUAUGAGAUAUGUUGGACAACAAAGAACAAGUUUUUAAAUAAUUUAAUAAGUCGCUUCCAGUUUUUAUUAUUAUUUGUAAUUACGUUACAAAUCUGUAGUGUCCAUAUUUUAACAAAUUAUUUGUUUACGUAAUAAUUCUAAUAGCUUAAUAUAUUUUUGAGAGCACGUCUAUGUACCCAGGUGCUGAUGACUUGCGAUAUUAAUUGGAGAAUCGAGGUGUCUAUAAAAUUCCCAAACUUGCCGAUAAGUAACUAAGUUUAGUUUGCCGCUUUUUGAAUCUUACAGUAUUCUUCAACAAAACUUUAAAAUGGUUUUAUCUUUGAAUCGUUGGGUGGAUAAAGUCGCCGUAGUGACUGGUGCUAGUUCAGGAAUCGGAGCUGCCAUUGCUGAAGAAUUGGUAAAAGCUGGAGUAGUGGUUGCAGGACUAGCUAGAAGAAAAGAGAGAUUGGAGAAAUUGACUAAAAAACUGAGCGGUGAAAAAGGCAAAUUGGUUGCCAUUCAAGCUGAUAUCACCAAAGAGGAAGAUAUCAAAGCGGCGUUCGCAUACGUUUUGAAAAAUCUGGGUCCUGUCAGUAUUUUGGUUAACAAUGCCGGUCUAAGCAAAUAUACAUCACUAACUGACGGUGACACACAGUUAUGGAAGACAAUCCUAGAUACAAAUGUCCUUGGCCUAAGCAUUGCCACACGGGAGGGUAUUAAGCAAAUGAAAGAGAAUAAAAUCGACGGCCAUGUGAUUCACCUAAACAGCGCUUUCGGCCACUACGUACCAAGCACUCCAGGCCUAAAUGUUUACCCCGCCUCUAAAUACGCAGUUACAGCUCUGGCGGAAACUCUGAGGCAUGAAAUUAACAGCCAAAACCUCAAAAUUAAAGUCACAAGUAUCAGUCCUGGAUACGUAGCAACUGAGUUCGUCGCGGUAUGUACAGGAAAAACAGCCCAAGAAAUUGGCGUUACUACACCUGGAUUACAAGCCAAAGAUGUUGCUGAUGCUGUGGUAUAUGCCUUGUCGACACAUCCUCAUGUAAAUGUUUCUGAGCUCACUGUACGAGAAGUUGGUGCACUGUUUUAAUUUUGAUUUAUAAUUUAUUCAUAAUUCAUAAUUAAUCAUAUAUCAAUAAAUAUAUUUGUUUCAAUUU